AUGCGGUGCCUGCUGGUGAGUGUGCAAACUGGCACGAAGGCCGAAGCGCCCCAGGCGCAGUUGCCUGCCGAGGAUGUCGAAGGCACCACCUUGCUGGGAAGGAUAGGCGACAGGAGCCCAGCAAGAAGCAAUGGCGCCGCUGAGAACAAGGAGCUGCAGGUGCCCACAAAGAGCGCAAAGCUGCAGCUGCCGCUGCGGAAGGAGCAGGAUGUGGUACGGCAAGAGAUCGAGUCCCUGUGCCGCGCGGUGGCGGAGCAGCUCCCUGGGGGCCCACGCAUUUGCUUGCUGGGCGGCGCUACCUCGCGCGAGCCGCACACCAAAGCGGUGGUAGAGGCCAUCGCAGCCAGGCUGGCGCCCAUUCUGCCCAGCAACGCGGUGGUCCUUACUGGGGGCCUGCCUGGUAUUCAGGAAACCAUGGCCACAACAUUGGCACUGCAUGGCUUCACCCGCGUGGUGAACCUCGUCCACCUUGGCCACAUCAGUGGCUAUGCCGGUGAAGACCUGGUGGCCGGCAUGGAUGCGGCGGAGCGGCGCCAAGUGCUCGGACGGGUAGGAGAUGUCUACAUCUGCAUUGAGGGUGGCCCUGGUGUGGCGGAGGAAGCGCAGAUUGCACAUGCGCGAGGCGCCGUGGUGCUGCCGCUGCCCUGCAGCGGCGGCGCUUCCGCGGGAGCCUUUGGCUUUCCCCAGAAGGCCUUGGAGCGUCCCCGGUUCGCCAGCCCGGAGGACUGGGCGGCGCUGAAGGAUCCCCAGAGGGCGGCGGAGGCCACGGUGGACAUCCUGCGUGGAGCUUUGAAGGAGAUGAGGCAGCGAGGCGGAGGCCUUGCAGAUAGCUCACCCGAUGUAAUGGCCACAGGGCCUUGCAUGGGCACUUGCGCCUUGUGA